ACGAUUCAUUCUGCGUCGUGUUCUGCGAUAAAGUUGCGUUUAUUCGUAAAUAAAAGCUUCGUCGUGUGAUUAUGGGUUUUAAUGAGGCGUUUAACUACGUGCUUUUCAAUAAUCCCGUCUCAAGCAGCAUGUGGUCGCUGGCGGCGAACGGCGCCAAGGCUGUGGGCCUCAAGCCGAAAGCUCUAACUCAAACGGCUGCCACGCAUACGGUUACUGCGGCGGCCACUGCCUCGCAGCAGGCCCUUCCGUCGCUGUACAAGAUUCUUGGCCACAAUCGACACAUUCUGAAGCUGGCUGGACUAAGCGGGGCAACGGCGGUUAUGCUCGAAGCCUACGGGGCCCACCAUCGGUUCGCGAUGAAUGAUGAUGAAGACCGUGAUCCGAAAAACAUCUUCGAAAUGACCAAUCGCUAUCACUUUAUCCAUUCCCUGGCCCUGCUGGCGGCCCCGCUUGCUCGGCGUCCUUAUUUGACUGCACUCUUGAUGGUGUCCGGAAUGGGGCUGUUCUGUGGCUCCUGUUACUACAUCUCUUUCACCAACGAUCGACGCGCGGUGCAGCUCACUCCGGUCGGCGGAUUUUUGCUCAUCUUCGGUUGGCUGUCGUUUGCAAUUUAAGAAACUCAAGACAGAAAUGGCACACCCAAAGACGGUUCUUACAAUUCAUUACUCAUGUACUUUAGCAUUUGGUAGGAACGAGAUAAAAUAAACAACUUUAAUC